GAAACUAGUUGAAAAAAAUUCCAUUAUUAUUAUGGUUUCCGUUCUUCCUUAUCUUUUUCAUUUUCAAUCUCCUCUCUCUCUCUUCCUCCUUUCUCUUGUCUCAACCCCUUUUCUCCCAUUCUUCUAAACUUCAAACCAUAAACUCAAAAAACCCCAUUUUGCUAUGACCCAACUCAAAUUCUAAAUCAAAAUCUAUUCACUUCACCAAUUUAAUCAACAAAUUAUAGAAAGAAAAAAAAAAUGAAGAGAGAACACCAAGAAAGUUUUGGUGGGGGUGUGAUUAGCAACAACAACAAAACAAACACCAACCACCUUAACAGCAGCAAAAACAUCAACUUUGGUGAAUGUUCAUCAAUGCAAAACACAAACACAAAACAAAACAUGUGGAGAGAAGAAAAAGAAACCAACGGUGGUGGAAUGGACGAGUUGUUAGCAGCAUUAGGUUACAAGGUUCGCUCUUCCGACAUGGCUGAUGUAGCUCAAAAGCUUGAACAGCUUGAGAUGGUUAUGGGUAGUGCUCAAGAAGAAGGUAUCAAUCAUCUUUCUUCUGAUACUGUUCACUAUGACCCAACCGAUCUAUAUUCAUGGGUUCAAACCAUGCUCACUGAACUCAACCCUGAUUCUUCUCAAAUCAACGACCCUUUGGCUUCUUUGGGUUCUUCUUCUGAAAUCCUCAACAACACUUUCAAUGAUGAUUCUGAGUAUGAUCUUAGCGCUAUUCCUGGAAUGGCAGCAUACCCACCUCAAGAAGAAAACACAGCUGCUAAACGAAUGAAGACUUGGUCUGAACCAGAAUCUGAACCGGCGGUAGUGAUGUCACCACCGCCGGCGGUGGAAAAUACAAGACCGGUGGUUCUUGUUGACACACAAGAAACUGGUGUUCGUCUUGUUCAUACUUUAAUGGCUUGUGCAGAAGCGAUUCAGCAAAAGAAUCUGAAACUUGCAGAAGCGCUUGUGAAGCAUAUAAGCUUAUUAGCUUCGUUACAAACCGGUGCGAUGAGAAAAGUUGCUUCCUAUUUCGCACAAGCACUUGCAAGAAGAAUCUACGGUAACCCAGAAGAAACAAUCGAUUCAUCAUUCUCAGAAAUUCUUCACAUGCACUUCUAUGAAUCUUCACCUUAUCUCAAAUUCGCUCAUUUCACUGCUAAUCAAGCUAUUCUCGAAGCUUUCGCCGGUGCCGGAAGAGUUCAUGUUAUAGAUUUUGGUCUUAAACAAGGGAUGCAAUGGCCUGCGCUUAUGCAAGCGCUGGCAUUACGUCCUGGCGGUCCUCCUACGUUCCGGUUAACCGGCAUCGGACCGCCGCAGGCGGACAAUACUGAUGCUUUGCAACAAGUUGGCUGGAAAUUAGCUCAGCUUGCUCAGACAAUCGGUGUUCAGUUCGAAUUUCGUGGAUUUGUUUGUAACAGUAUUGCGGAUCUUGACCCGAAUAUGCUUGAGAUCCGACCCGGUGAAGCUGUUGCUGUUAACUCCGUUUUCGAGCUUCAUACCAUGUUAGCUCGACCCGGUUCAGUUGAGAAAGUUCUCAACACUGUUAAGAAGAUAAACCCUAAAAUCGUAACAAUCGUUGAGCAAGAAGCGAAUCAUAACGGACCGGUUUUCGUAGACCGGUUUACCGAAGCUUUACAUUAUUACUCAAGCUUAUUCGAUUCACUGGAGGGUUCGAAUUCGAGUUCGAAUAAUUCCAACUCGAACUCGACCGGGUUGGGUUCACCGAGUCAGGAUUUGUUGAUGUCAGAGAUUUAUUUGGGAAAGCAAAUAUGUAACGUGGUGGCUUAUGAAGGAGUGGACCGAGUUGAAAGACAUGAGACUUUGACUCAAUGGCGGUCUAGGAUGGGUUCAGCUGGGUUCGAACCGGUUCAUUUGGGUUCAAAUGCGUUUAAACAAGCUAGUACUUUGUUAGCUUUGUUUGCUGGUGGUGAUGGUUAUAGGGUUGAGGAAAAUAAUGGAUGUCUUAUGUUAGGGUGGCAUACAAGGUCACUCAUUGCUACUUCUGCUUGGAAGCUUCCACAAAAUGAGUCCAAGUGAGUUAACUCAGGGUACCCUUAAGUCUAGGGUAAGUUGAUGGGUUAAUUAUGAAAAUAUGACCAAUUAGGGUGGUGGAUUAGUUGAAAAUUUCAUGUUGAUGAGUGAAAAGUGAGUGAGGCAAGGGAUGAGAUAAAUAAAGGGUAAAAAAAAAAAAAGUAAAAACAAUCAAAUUCUGUCUGUAAUUUGUAAUUGUAAUGUUAAUUUCGAUUUUAUUUUAUUUUA